AUGACAAUGGGAAAGAAAUGGAAAACUAAUUCUAGUGCUUCCAAUGGCACAGAGGCAGUGUCUGGGCCGGCCCUUUUGACUGGCGAUGCGCCAAUUGAUCCAUUACUUGCGUCCCUUUUUGACAAAAGUGCUGGACCAGUGAAGGCGCCAACAAUCCAAUAUACUGAAUUUGUACCCAAGCCACGUCCGGCGAAGCCUGAAACUACAACUACGCGACCCGACAGCAGCGCAGAGGAUGGCGUAUCAGAAAGUGCGGAUAGCCAAGAAGAGGACACAGAAAUGCAAGACGUCAAUCAAAGUGAUGAAGACGAACAAUCAUCUGCUGAAACAAAACAAUCCGCAGAAGCCAUACCAAGUAGAAAGCGUAAGAGAGGGAACACAGACAACCUGGAAGAUGCAUACAUGCAAAAGUUAGCUCGCGAAGAACAGAAAGAAAAGGCGAGACGUGAGGCUGAAAAAACCGACGGAGCAGAAGAGGACAAUGAGAGCAACAAGUCAGGAGAAAGUGAAGAUGACGCUGAGGAUGACGACGAAGAAAACGACAAUGAACCUCCACCAGUACACGAAACUGUUUCCGGUUCCGCAGAGGCCGCAGAAUUGGACAAAUCAAACCGCACAGUCUUCCUAGGAAACGUGUCGAAUUCUGCAAUCACAUCCAAAAGCGAUAGAAAAACUCUUUUGACGCACGUCUCGUCCUUUUUAUCUACCCUUCCUAAAUCCGAUGUUCCUCACAAGGUGGAAUCAAUCCGCUUUCGCUCAACUGCCUACGGUACAAAGCUAGGAGUUCCUCGACGGGCUGCUUUUGCGCAUAAGGAGAUUAUGGAUACUACAGCGUCCAGCACUAAUGCUUAUAUUGUUUACUCUACCCCUAUUGCUGCUCAAAGGGCUCCCAGGGCGUUGAAUGGGACUGUUGUGCUCGACAGGCAUCUGCGCGUUGACAAUGUCGCUCACCCGUCAGCCAUAGAUAACAAACGAUGCGUAUUUGUGGGCAAUCUCGAUUUCGUUGGUCAGGAAACCGUCCCUGACGAUGACGAAGAAGGAACAAGGAAGAAGAAGAAACCCAGCGCUCCUGCUGAUGUCGAGGAAGGUCUAUGGCGAACAUUCAAUUCCAACACAGGUAAUUCAGAAAAGAAAAACGCCGGUGGUGGAAACGUCGAGUCUGUGCGUGUAAUCCGCGACCAAGCAACCAGAAUUGGCAAGGGGUUCGCCUAUGUCCAAUUCUACGAUUCCAAUUGCGUGGAAGCUGCAUUACUUCUCGAUGGCAAGAAGUUCCCUCCUUUACUACCGCGCAAACUCCGUGUUACCCGUGCAAGGAAAGCGAGCAAAAAACGCGAGACCGGCCAGCCCAGAGGCGCGCCAACUACUGACAGUGCUCGCAACACUCUCCGCGGCCGUGCCAAAAAGCUGCUGGGACGCGCCGGGGCUGCUAAAGUGCACGACGGCAAACCGUUCGUCUUCGAAGGGCAGCGCGCAGUAGAAAAGACCGAUACGCCCAAGACCAAGAGCAAGUCUCGUGGCGGAAGCAAAGGAAGACCAAAUAAUCGAAGUUCCAAGCGUGCAGCAUUAUAUCGUGCUUCGGGGGAAAGGGCUGCCAGAAAGGCUUCGACGGAGUAG